AUGGGCUCUGCCGGCGAUGGCGGCGUGUGCGCGCUGUGGCGCCGGGCCGAGGGCCCCGAGGAGCGGCGGCUGAUGGAGCUCUUCUCCUACGGGCUGAUGGCGCUGGGCGCCGUCUCCGCCCUGCUGCUCCGCUUCAUCCCCAUGCCCUACGGCCGGUACUCCUCGCGGCGCUUCGGCUGGCUGCUGCCCGCCCGCCCCGCCUGGGUGCUGCAGGAGCUGCCCUCGCUCCUCGUCCCGCUCGGGCUCGCCGCCUGUGGCGGGGCGGUCGCGGCCGCCCGGCCCAACCGUGUCCUGCUGGGCUGCUUCCUCCUGCACUACGCGCACAGGGCACUCAUCUUUCCCCUUCUGAUCCGUGAAGGAAAACCAACACCGUUUUUCACUUUUGUGUUAGCGCUUCUGUUCUGUGCUUUCAACGGGUACUUGCAGGGCCGAAGCUUAACCACCUAUGCAACUUACCCUCCAGGCUGGCUGGGCGGCUCACGCUUCAUUACAGGUUUUUUAGGAUGGUUGAUUGGCAUGGCCAUCAAUAUUCAUUCUGAUCAUAUUCUCAGAAAUCUGAGAAAACCAGGGGAAACUGGUUACAAGAUACCAAGAGGAGGAAUGUUUGAGUAUGUCAGCGGAGCCAACUUUUUUGGAGAGAUCCUGGAAUGGUUUGGGUUUGCCCUUGCCUGCUGCACCAUUGAAAGCUUUGCAUUUGCAUUGUGCACUCUCUUCAUCCUGAGUUCAAGGGCAAGACAACACCACAAAUGGUACCUUGAGAAAUUUGAAGACUAUCCAAAGGACAGAAAAAUUGUCAUCCCAUUUUUGUACUGAGCCGUGCUUUUAACACUUUGAGAUGGAUGCUUUUAGUAACAGCCAACAUUUUACAGAUGCUGGCAGGUUAGCAACACACUUGGAUCAUCACUGUGGCAAAGCCUUUCCAUCAGUGCUGCUAUUACUUACUGCUUUUUCCUCUUAAUAGUAACCCAGAAAUCUGAUGGACAGGGUGAAUAGGAACAGAAAUGGUUUUCCAGCAGUGAAGCACCUUCAUAAAUACAUUAGGAAAUGAGUCUGAAUUGGCAUCGUGGGAAGUACUGUGCAUGACUUCUGAUGCAUCUUUUUCUGCCUGUGAGGGCUUCUGCUGUUUCCACUCAAUGUAGGCAAGCUGUCCUGAGGAUUGUGCUGUGAGCUCAGCUACUCUCACUGCAGUCUGGAUGCUGUGUUCUGCCUACAUACACAAACAGGGUUGAUUUUAUUUUUUUUCCUUGCCUUAGUAAUCCUUUAAAUUCCCCCCCACCUCCAUUUCCAGAGGAGCUGGUGAUGUAGACCAAGGAAUUAGAUGAAUACAGUUGCUUUUAGAUGAGAGGCAGUGUUUUUCCUUCUCUUUGCACUCUUACAAAUAUAGGGGCACUGUACAGACAAUAUCUAAUGAUAUUAACAUAAAAGUUGUACUGCGAAUAGAUUAAUAUUGUCAUCUACCUCUUAAAAUUGAUAACUAUCUCAAUAUGCAAUAUGUGUCUUCUCACUCUAAACUGGUUUUGGAACUCUACUUAGGAUACUUAGGCCAAUUUGGCAUUGUUAACAAUUGUGUAAUGUUUUCUAACUUAAUUUAUAAAAAACCCUUGAUAUUUAAAAAAAUUUUCUUACUAUGCUGUUUUAAAAAAAUCAAGUGUCUUCCUUCUUCUGUUGCUAACAUUCUAGAUUAUCUUAUAUUCUAAAAUUCUGGAGCCCUGUGUCCGUUCUCAUACCCCAACCUUUUGCUCACAAAGGACUCCAGAUGGUUUCAAGAACAUGAUGGGAUCCCAAGCAUACAGAUUUUCAAGUUCUGUGUCUUUUGCAUGAUUGUAAUAAUAAAGAGUCUUUUUUUUUGGUGUCAGCAAUUUUAAAAACAAACCCAAAACAACUCAAAGGAAAACUAAAAAAAAAGGCAAUCCAACAAACCCCCCAAAUGAACAAAUUCUAAUAAUUUAAAAAAUUUAAAAAACAAACAAAUGAACACUAACUGAAAAAUCUUUCCACAAAACCCCAAAACUCUGCUGCUAAUAUAAUUUGAAAAUAAAUUGAAUUCAAACUUU